GAUACCACGAGCUGGUGUAUUCUGUUCUCAACAGUUGUACUUUAGUUCCCCGAGGAUAUCAAUUGAACUCAAUAAAGAGGGUCUUACAACGGGAAAGGGAAGAGACGAUAGAACAGAUUGGAACUAGAAGCUAAACUGCUUAAGUUGAACGUAGUCAACAUUGAAGAGUUAUUUGUUGAGGCCAGUGUUUCACUUUGUUUAGAGAAUCUACAGAUUUGGUUUCUUUGUGUUUAUUAAGCUGUAUUGUAAAAACCAUGUCUCAAGUUCAAGCCAUGAAAACCCAAGUUAUGCAGCUGCGUCAAGAAGCCAACAUCCAGAGAGUAAAUGUUUCUCAAGCAUGUGAAGAAUUGAUCAAGUAUUGCAUGGAACAUCAGAAGGGUGAUAUUCUAGUGACUGGCAUCAGUCAGUCGGAAAAUCCAUUUAAAGAAAACAAAGGUUGUGUUAUUAUUUAACAGGUAAGAUUAUAACAAAGGUUAUAUCGUUAUUUAAC